CACAGCUUUUGACGACCGGCGUCCCUUCAAAAAACCCUCCGAGGUCGGCCAUCCAGUGUCAUUCGCUUGCCCUCAGUCCUUUCCCGGUAGUCCAGCACUCACCACCAUGGUAAAGGAAACCAAAUAUUAUGACCUCCUCGAGGUACCUGUCGAUGCUUCCGAGAGUGACCUCAAGAAGGCCUACAGAAAAAAAGCCCUCAGACUACAUCCCGAUAAAGGUGGCGAUCCAGAACUCUUCAAGGAGGUGACACAUGCGUACGAGAUUCUGUCGGACUCAGAUAAACGUAGAAUAUAUGAUUCCCGAGGUGAAGCUGGUCUUUCCGAGCAGGGUGGCAUGGGAGGUAUGGAUCCACAGGAUCUUUUCAGUCAACUCUUUGGUGGUGGCGGCUUCUUCGGCGGUGGCGGCAGCAGAAAUCAAGUCCGUAAAACUAAAGAUCUCGUCCAUCGUGUCCAUGUAUCUCUCGAAGAUCUUUAUCGUGGAAAGACCACCAAACUCGCACUAACCCGCAACAUUCUAUGCUCAAAGUGUGGUGGUAAAGGCGGCAAGGAAGGCGCAGUCCGGCCCUGUGGUGGGUGCGGCGGGCGUGGCGUCAAGCUCACACUUCGCCAGAUGGGCCCUAUGAUCCAGCAGAUACAGUCCUCCUGCGACGAUUGUAAUGGUACCGGGGAGGUUAUAAACCCGAAAGAUCGGUGCAGUCAGUGCAAGGGUAAAAAAGUCCUUCCGGAAAAGAAGAUACUCGAGGUACACAUAGACAAGGGCAUGAAGGGCGGUCAGACAAUUACCUUCCGCGGAGAGAGCGAUCAAUCCCCAAAUGCCGAGUCUGGAGACGUUGUCAUCGUCGUCGAAGAAAAGCCUCAUGACCGCUUCAAGCGCCAAGAGAACAACCUCAUCACCGAACUCGAAAUUGACCUCCUUACCGCACUCGGUGGUGGCGAAGUCGCCAUCAAACACCUCGACGAUCGUGCCCUGCUCAUCAGGUUCAUACCGGGGGAAGUUGUUAAGAACGAAUCAGUCAAAGUCAUCCGCGGCCAAGGUAUGCCGUCUCAACGGCACCAUGAGCCUGGCGACCUUUACGUCAAAUUCAUCGUUAAAUUUCCGGAUAACAUUGAUUCUUCCAAAGUCGGGUUACUGGAAAAGGCGCUUCCACCACGUAACCCGAUGCCGCACUUCCCCAAGAACGUGCAUCUGGAAGAGGUCGACUUAGACGAACCAGAUGCACGUUCAGCGAAUGCAAUGGCGGAUGAUGCAAUGGACGAGGAUCACGAUGGAGAACCGCGGGUACAGUGCGCGAACCAAUGAGGUCGUGGUGGAUUUAGGACACUUUCAUUGCUCACAUUCGUACGACUAGUACCCUGGGGGCACCAUAGAUCACUGCAUCUUGUUCUGCAAUUUCAUCUCAUUUAAUAGGUACCAGCAAUAAUUGUAAGAAAUGUACUAAUUAACCAGAAACAUCCCAGCGAAUCUGUGAGGUAUCAUCAGAAACAGAAAUCGAGGCCUCACCGUGAAGGCAACUCACUUCUGGAUUAAGCCUGUACUUUUC